AUGCGUUUCAACUCCCCUCUAGCGCUGGCUGUUCUUGCUGGAACACUGUCGAAUGCACUACCAGCUCCUCAAAAUGCGCCUGUAGAUCCGUCUUCGCUACCCACUUCGGCAUCGACCGAUCCGACGAUUGCUAGCGAGCAACUUGAUCAACUGUUUGCGUUCGCUCAACAACAAGCGAACGAAGACCUAGCAGCAAGUUCGUCGAAGAGAGCCACCUGCAACAAGAACACUGUUGCGGUGCGCAAAGAAUGGAACGCCCUAUCGAACACAGAACGGAAAGCCUAUACCGAUGCAGUGCUUUGUCUUCAGGCGAAGAAAGCAAACACGCCUGCCUCACUCAUCCCUGGAGCAAAGUCACGAUUCGAUGACUUUGUCGGUAACCAUAUCCUAAAGACUAUGGAGAUCCACUACACCGGCACUUUCCUCGCAUGGCACCGGUACUUUACCUGGCAGUACGAGCAGGCUCUUCGUAACGAAUGUGGAUACAAGGGUUACCAACCCUACUGGAACUGGGCAAAGACCGCUGUCAGCGGUCUUGACAAAGCGCCAAUGCUCGAUGGAUCUGCGUAUUCCAUGUCAGGCAACGGAGAGAAGAUCGCUGGCCAGGGCAAUGUCGUCAUUGCUGGCAGAGGCGAACCAAUCAUCACUAUCCCACCCGGUACCGGAGGUGGCUGUGUAAAGAGCGGUCCGUUCAAGAACAUGAAGGUUAACCUUGGCCCUGUCGCCUUGAGCACAACCAACGGUACCGAAAUCGCCAACGGAGAUGGCCUUUCAUACAACCCGAGAUGUCUGACGCGGGACUUGACCGACUACAGCAACAAGAAGUGGGCUAAUGCGGCUGCCAUUGCCGACUUGAUCAUCAACAAGAAGGACAUCUGGCAGUUCGAGAUGGUAAUGCAGGGUGUACCAGGAACAGACAGUCUGGGUGUACAUGGUGGCGGUCACUACUCCAUGGGCGGCGACCCUGGCCGCGACUUCUUCGUAUCUCCUGGUGACCCACUGUUCUACCUUCACCACGGUAUGAUCGACAAGGUGUGGUGGACUUGGCAGCAGCUUGACACCAAGACCCGUGUGGAGAGCGAGAAGGGAGGUGUUUCCGGUACCGGCACGUUUUUGAACAACCCACCUUCGGCUAACACGACCUUCGAUACUGUCAUUGAUCUUGGAUACGCUGCGAGUGGAUCACAAAGGAUGGAGGAUUUGAUGAGCACGACCGAGGGACCGUUCUGCUACAUCUACGUGUAA